ACGCGCUUUGUUUAUGGAGAUCAGCUGUGCUCCAAAACACUCGGGCUUACCCUUCCUGUUCCGUCGCGAUCAGCGGCCGACUCUGCUAUUUUCGUCUGGUAAAGGUCAGCCGAAUACAGGGACAAAGCGACGACGAGCGUUGCAACCUACGAUGGCGCGUCGCGUCACGCGCUGUCGUUCAUUCAGAGAAUCCGAUGGUACAUCGUGUCCUUCGAAAAAAAAAGGAAGCAGAAUGAAGAUUCGUAUCAUGCUCUAACCGACAAUUUCGAUGAACUCGCAACCUAGGUCAACGUUUUCCCGCGCUCUGGACAAAAUUCAAUAAACACGUGUUUCUCGUCCGACGAGGAUUCUUCUUGUCGCAUUUCGCGUUUGUCAAUUGUGUUACUUUCGUAUGUGUGCGUGUGCGCGCGUAUGUGUGCGUGUGUGUGCACGAAGAUUGCGAACUGUAGGAGCAUGCAACACGUUUACUGCUGAGUAUCACGAGAAAGAGAUGGAAAUACAGGAGAAGUGCACUGCUUAUUAAUAUAUGUCACUGCAAGAAAAUUGUGCUCAAGGAUAAAUGUGCAAUUCGAUGAGCGAUCGAUUGGGCAAUCGGCAAAGUUAAUCCCAUGAUCAAGUCCGGAGGAAUAUAAAGGAAAAAUUUCCCCCAAUGAACAAUAGUGUACAUUCUGGACAUGUUUCAAGAAACGGCAGGAAUCGUGGUGUUUUUGGUUUAUCGUGACUCGACAAUGGAAACCUGUGUUGUUUCAAAAGAUAUGAGUCAUUCUUCAUAUAGUAUCAGUUCAUUGUUGUUAUCUGUGUGUCGUGAUAAAACUUGCCCCUCGCAAACCAUCUAGGAAUCUCUAUUGAAGCAUUCAGUAGUCUUUUGUGAAAAUAUAAGAGACUUUCUCCGAUUAAUUCCAGUAUAAUUAUUUAUUAAGAUUUUCAAUGCGCGAUCAGAAACCGCCAACUUAUAGCAUAUCUUGAUUUAGCGACCGCAUUCUAGAUGCUUGCAGAGCAACUAUCAACCGAUAGCUGAAAAAAGUUAAUGACAUGAAAGGAUGAAACGAGAUACUGUUAUUACCUGUGUGGAGCCAAAUCGACGAGCGCAAACGAUGACAACGGUACUGGACUGUAGUUACCAACGUAUGGAUCCUUAUGGGAGACACGAGGGGGACGCCGAUGAUGAGGACGAACGUGAGGAGACACCUCAGGACAUGAUAAUCCACAUGGUGGAGGGAAAUAAAGCACGAUGGAAUCACAUUGAAGAUCUGGAUUCAUUCUUCACGCGAAUGUACCAUUAUCAUCAGAAGCACGGCUUCGCCUGCAUGAUGCUCCAGGAAAUUUCCGAAUUAACACGAUUCAUAUUUGUAGUCGCAUUCUCGACUUUUCUCGUCCACUGCGUGGAUUACUCCGUAUUGUUCAAAGAUAGAAUUACUAAUAGCACCUCGUCGAAAACCACGAUAGCGGACGCCAUACUGUCCUCGAGCGAAUGCACGGCGUCGAUGCAUCUAGGCACUUGGAUUUGCAUUCUGGUCGCGGCGAUGUUCUGGAUCCUGCGUUUCUUCAUAUUCCUCUACCACUUAACGCAGUUUUGGGACAUGAAGCAGUUCUUCAACACAGAGCUCAAAAUCGAUGAUAGAGAUCUGGACAAUCUAACCUGGCACGAAGUGCAGAAGAGAGUGAUUGAGGUACAAAAGGUUCAGGAGAUGUGUAUCCACAAGAAGGAUCUUACAGAAUUAGAUAUAUACCACAGGAUAUUAAGAUUUAAGAAUUACAUGGUAGCUAUGAUCAACAAAUCCAUCUUACCUGUACGGUUGAAAGUCCCCAUUAUAGGAGAUAUUAUUUUUAUGACACGAGGAUUGAAGUACAAUAUGGAAUUAUUGUUGUUUUGGGGCCCAUGGUCACCGUUCGAAAACAAUUGGCACCUGAAGGAAGAUUACAAGAAGCUAAACAAGAGGCAGGAACUCGCGCGGCUACUGUCCAAGCACAUCCUAUGGGUCGGUGUCACGAAUUUCCUCUUGAGCCCCCUCAUUCUCUUAUGGCAGAUUCUUUAUUCAUUCUUUAAUUAUGGCGAGCUCAUCAAAAGGGAACCGGGUACUUUGGGCACUAGGACGUGGUCCUUGUACGGUCGUCUGUAUCUGCGUCACUUCAACGAGCUCGAUCACGAGUUGAACGCCCGUCUGAAUCGCGCAUACCGUCCCGCCUCCAAGUACAUGAGCAGCUUCACGUCGCCGAUAAUGACGGUGUUCGCGAAGAACGUUGUGUUCAUCGCCGGUAGCGUGCUGAUGGUACUGGUGUCCCUAACGUUAUACAACGACGUUGUUCUGACGGUGGAGCACAUUAUCACGACCAUAACUAUCUUGGGCGGAUUGGUGGCAUGCGCGAGAACGUUCAUACCGGACGAGAACCUGGUCUGGUGUCCGGAGACGCUGUUAACCGCCGUCCUCGCGCACACACAUUACAGGCCGGAUAGUUGGAGAGGCUACGCUCACACGCAGAGCACCAGGUCGCAAAUGGCGCAAUUGUUUCAGUACCGUGCGGUGCACCUGCUGGAGGAACUGCUGUCCCCGCUGUUGACGCCGUACAUUCUGUGCUUCCAUAUGAGACACCGGGCGUUGGAGAUCGUAGACUUCUAUCGUAACUUCACUAUCGAGGUCGCCGGGGUCGGCGAUGUCUGCAGCUUCGCCCAGAUGGACGUGCGAAGGCACGGCAAUCCCAUGUGGCAGACCGUGGCGCACAGUCCUACGGUCUCGCCGCUGCCCACGGAGGACCGUAGCGCGGGCUACGACAAUCGGUACUGCGUCGAUCCCGAGAAACUUCACGUGCCGAUGUCCAAUCACUACACCCAGGCCGAGGACGGCAAGACCGAGCUCUCCCUCAUACACUUCACGCUCACUAAUCCGGAGUGGAAGCCGCCGAGUUACGCGGAGAACUUCGUCGCUGCUCUGAAGGAGAGGGCCAAGAAGGAAGUGAACGCGGUGCCUGACAACAAUCCUCUGAUAGCCAGCUUGAAUAGCUUGUCCGGUCUGGGACCUGGUUACAACAACAUUGUGUCGAGUAUCAUGCGCAGUACGACGAUAAAUCAAGCGAGCGUACCGAGUAUGAGCAAUAUCUUCGCCAAUCAGCCGGGUACGUCCGGCGGAUCGGUGGGCGUCGAUCAGUCGCUGAGUACCAGAUCUGAUAUUCUCUCGUGUGUGGUGCAUCACGGCUUGAGGAGGGCGGAAGGACCGCUGCACAACGAGAGGGGAUUCCUGUACGGCUUGCAACAGGUAAUAUCGAAUCAAUCUCUGGGUGCUUCGGUGUUCGAGCCCGGCCAUGAAGUGUCCACGGAUCUGUCCGUGCCGACGGAAUUAACCGCCGCCGACAUGUCAUUGUCUACAUUGUACCUGCACGAGCUUCAUCACAGACAAGUAAGAAGACGCGGUUACCAGGAAAUUGCAACGAGAAACAUAUGGCCACGCAGCCCGGCGCAGGAAUUAGCGACGCUUCCCGAGGUCCGACAGGAGAGGAUACCGUUGUUGUCGCAUCAAGAUUCUUCUCUUAGAAGGAACCAAGAGUCCUAA